GAAGUGAAUGAGCUGAUGGAAGAGCUGUUUGAAACUUUCCAAGAUGGGAUGGGAUUCUCCAAAGUGGAAGAUGACAGCCCGGAGGAGAAGGAUCGUGUGGUUGAGUCUCGGCCUAACUCUAAUACUCCUCAAGUCCUUCGGUUUGAAGAGCCAUUUCCCAAAUUGAUAAAUGAGCAGCAUCGUACAGUAAAAGAACUACUUGAGCAAUUGAAGAUGAAGAAAUCUUCAGGCAAACAUCAGCAGGAUGUAGAGCCUGUUAAGCCCAGGAGUCAAAAAGUUCCUAAGACUCUUAUUCUAGAUCUAGAACAGAGGAAGAGACUCCAACAGCAGAUGCAACAGCAUGUUCAACUCUUGACGCAAGUCCACCUUCUAGCCAGCUGCAACCCUAAUCUUAGUUCGGAGGCCAGUACCACAAGAGUGUUUCUUAAAGAAUUGGAAAUAUUUGCUCAAAACUCUGUUACCUUUCACCAUCAGUACAAACCCAAGUGUCAGACCUUGUUCCAACCGUGCAACCUGAUGGGAGCUGUGCAGCUCAUUGAAGACUUCAGUUCACAUUUCAGCAUUGACCAGAGCCUUUGUAAAGCUGUGAGAAAGCCUGCCUAUGAAUUUCCUUUUUUGCCUAAGCAAGUGGCUUGGAUCCUCGCAACAAGCAAGGUUUUCAUGUAUCCAGAGCUGCUUCCAUUAUGUUCCCUGCAGGCAAAGGAACCUGAGGAUAAGAGCUUCUUCACCAAGGCAGAGGACAAUUUGUUAGCUUUGGGACUGAAGCAUUUUGAAUGUACUGUGUUUCCUAAGCCUCUAAUCAGCAAGUACCUUCUAACCUGCAAGACUGUUCACCAGCUGACUGUGAGGAUCAAGAACCUAACCCUGAGGAAAGCUCCUGACAACAUCCUUAAAUUGUAUAAGAAGACCAAACAGCUCCCAGUCUUGGUAAAAUGCUGUGAAGAAAUCCAGCCACAUCAGUGGAAGCCACCAAUAGAGAGGGAAGAACACCGACUCCCAUUCUGGUUAAAGGCCAGUUUGCCGUCUAUCCAGAAGGAACUUCAAUCCAUCACUGAAGGGAUACGAAAUGUGUCUGGAACACCCGAGACCAAACCAGAUGAAGGCAGCUCAGAAUUAGGGAGUGAAGCUCGAUAUCCCCUGCUGUUGCCUAAGGGUGUAGUUCUUAAACUGAAGCCACCUGCCAAAUACUUCUCCCGGAAGGCUUGGAAGCAGAAGCAAUCCUCAGACCUUAAGCCCCUCCUUAUCCGACCCAGCCCUUCUCUCCAGCCUAGCUUCAACUCUGGGAGCUUGCCAUCCAGAUCAACUCAAUCAGAAAUCCCUCUGAGUAACAUGGUGGGUCAUAUUGCUCAUCCAGUCCAGAUAGUGCCAGCUGUCCAUACACUGGAAGUCAGAGGAGGCUAUGGUUCUAAGUCAUCUUUGGCACUGCCUGAAGUCAGAACCAGUUUCUUGAUUUCCUCAGCCCUUGAGCCCAAGGUGACAGUGCCUUCAUUUGCACCUUCCAAGUUUCCAAGGACAUAUGUGGAACUGAGACCCUCUAAGAGAAAGGGGGCUAAAAGCCCUCCCUGUCUGAAACCUGCCCCCUUCAUCCAACCCUCACCUGUCAUCUUCACUGUUCCAGCCACCACUGUGAAGGUUUUGAGCCUUAGUACUGGCUGUAAUAUGAUUCAGCCGGUCAAUGCACCAGUGGCCCAGAGUUCUCAGACCAUUCCUGUUGCUACCCUCUUGGUUAACCCUACUUCAUUUCCCUGUCCAUUAAACCAACCCCUUGUGGCUUCUUCCAUCCCACCUUUAAUUAGUUCUGGCAACUCUGUGAAUUUUCAUGUACCAUCUACUCUUGAAGAUAAGACUCAAGAAAAUCUGGAUGUUGCUUGUCCUUUACCCGAAGAGAAUGAAGCUUUUCAAAGCCGAGAACCCAAAUUGGAACCCCAGGAACUAUCCCCUCUCAGUAUUCCUAUCUUGCCCAAAGAGGAGCACAGUCCAGGGCCUCUACAAGCAGAUUGUGGGGACCAGGAAGAAUUGCCAGAGAAUCGUACCUAUCACUGGACUAUUGUGAAAACAGAAAGUGGGGACCAUGCACUAGAGGCCCUGCCUCAAGGUUUUCAGGAAUCUCUAAAUCCUCUCCCUAGGAAUAUAGAGGAAAUUAUCAAGGUAGAGCCUGCAGGCCCUGUGGCAGAAAUCUCCAGUGGAUCCCCUGAGCAAAGUAUUUGUGGUGUAAUUAAAGAGGAACCUUUCUGCCUCCCCUCUCCAGACCUGGAAAAGUUCCCUUCUUCAGUGGGCAGAUCGUGUUCCUAG